AUGGUUGAGAAAAGGGCGGAAACACCGCUUUUGGAGGCGGGGCCCCAUGUUCCGUCGGACUCUCCUAUUCUACAUGGGCAGAGCGAACGUUUGAAUAUGGACAGGCCCGUACUGAAACGUGGUUCUGCCGGUUUUGAGGAUCACCCUUCGCUGUUGAGUGAAGUUUCGGAGCUGCGCAGGCGUUGUUGUUUGAUGGAGCAGGAGGCAGCUUCUGCUGCUGAACGGCUUCGCGAGAAGUCCGCUGUGGUAGUCAAACUCGGUCAAGAGUUGGGCGAGGCGAGGUCGAAGCUGGCGAGCAGUAAAGACUCGGCUGCUGCUUCUGCAACAGGGGGGAAAACAGGAGUAGACGAGUCGGUGCGAUGCAUACGUGAUGUGGUGCGGGCGGAACUUAAGAGCGUAGCGCGUCGCACUGUAGGGGUGGGUGAGGCGGGCCAGGUGCUUAGUGGUCUUGCAUGUAAACUACGCGAUGUGAUUUCGCACACUGCCGCUGUUUCUGCGCAAGUGACUGAACGUCACGGUCAGCUGGCAGAACUUAUCCGUGUGUCCAACCUUAAGCAGAGCGUAGCGCUCCGUAAGAUACACUACUGCCUGUCAGAUUCGUCCUCCCUGCAGUGGACCGAUGCCGCCAUUCUUGAGUCGUGCCUGCUGCUGUUCACUGACGUCGGCGGUGCGCUGGUGGCCGCUGUGGGUCCAGGAACAGAGUGCACCGUGAAUCGCGCGCCCAUGACAGUAGUGGGGGAUGAGUGUGAUGCACAGGUACAGCACACUCUUCACCGAGCGCAGCGUCGUGUGAACGAUGACUGCUCACCGCCACGUAGCGACAACAAGCCUCGCGACCAUCAUCAUCAUCAGCAGCAGCAGCAGUCCAUGCGAGAGGCCGCGACAACACCUAUGAAGUUGUCUGGCGUCCCACUGUCCUUUAAGUCACCUUUGAACUGUGGCAGCAGCAAGCCGAUCUCUGCCUCCGCUUCCCCGGUUGGGCGCCGUAUCGUGGUACCACCGAGAGCGACACCACCAUCGUCACCGCCGCCACCACCGAGGGUGCACCCAGCGUUGCCGGAUCACUUUGCUAGAAGCGGCGGUGAUUUCGGCGUUGAUGACGCGUUCAGGUACGCGGUGGCUGCACUGUCAGCCCAGGAGAGACGGUACGAUCAGCAGCACCCACAUCAAGUGAAACGGUGGGUGGCGCCUGGGAAGGCGCACCACGGUGCACGUCAGGGUGUGCGUGAUUGA